ACGUGGAGGGAGCGAGUGGCGGGUGUGUAUUUGAGGAGACGACGUGGCUGUUGUUUUGGAAAAGACUUUUGACUUGCACCCCCCUCUCGUUAGCUUUUCCUCGCUUCGCAGGAAGGAAUAGAAAGCCCAGCAUUGGCAUGGAUUUACCGUGAACAGGACAAGAGUCGUCCCCUUCCCUAGCCACUGCCUCCCCCUCACUCUCUCUCCCUCUUCGGUUGCAGGCAGCAAAGAGGAGGGAGCUCGCAGCAUUUCAGAGCCACGGCACUGCCAGCGCUGGGAAGGGUUGCAAGGACAGUUUUCUCCAAGGUUGGUCUCUGCGGCGGACACAGCCCUCAGCCCGAUGCCACCAGGUCUGGAGGACUGACCGACGCGCCAGCCGGCGCCCCCUCCGGCUCCCGCCAUGGGGCCCUCCGGGAGCCUGCUGGGCGGACACCUGCAGAUUGCCCUGUGGGGAAGCGUGGCAGCUGCCGCCACACUCUUCCUCAUCACCUUCCUCAUCUUCCUGUGCUCCAGCUGUGACAGAGAAAAGAAGCCGAGACAGUACAGCGGAGACCAUGAGAACCUGAUGAACGUGCCUUCGGACAAGGAGGUGUUCAGCCGCUCGGUGACCAGCCUGGCCACGGAUGCGCCCCUCAGCAGUGACCAGAACGGCGCCCUCACCAACGGGGACAUCGCCUCGGAAGGCAGUGCCGGGACCUGCGCGCAGCAUUACGAGGAGGUGCUGGCCACGGCCUCCGACCUGCCGGACGCCCAGGACGGCUCGGGGAAGCCUAAGGGCCACCAGAGCCGGGAGCUGCCCCAGAUCCCCCCGGACAGCGCCGCGGACACGCUGGCCAGCGCCGGGAGCGUGGACGGGGACCAGGGGGCAGGGGCGGAAGGGCCCUACGAGGUGCUCAAGGACAGCUCGUCCCAGGAGAACAUGGUGGAGGACUGUCUGUAUGAGACGGUGAAGGAGAUCAAGGAGGCGGCCGCACCCCCGGGCAAAGGCCCCGGCGGCCGGUCCAGGGCGGCCCCCGCUCCCAAGGAGCCGCCGGCGCCCCAGACCCCCGGCAGAGCCGACUUCGCGGAGUACGCCUCGGUGGACAGGAACAAAAAGUGUCGGCAGAGCAUGAAUGUAGACAGUGUGCUGGGCCCUGCCCGGGACGCAGAGGAGGAGGCCCCGCCGCCGGUGCCCGUGAAACUUCUGGACGAGAACGAGAACCUGCAGGCGCAGGACAGGAGCGCCUCCGAGGGGACCCGCGAGACCAACAAGAGGUUCAGUGCCCUGUCGUACAAGUCCCGCGAGGAAGACCCGACUCUCACAGAUGAAGAGAUCUCGGCCAUGUACUCAUCUGUCAAUAAGCCUGGGCAGUCGCUCAAAGUGCCCGAGUCCAGCAACACCUGCAGCCCGGGAGCUGCCCGGAGGUCCCCGUCGUCCUGCAAUGACCUCUACGCGACUGUCAAAGACUUCGAGCAGCCUCCCAGCGGCGCAGGCACACCGGCCCCGGCAGCGAGGCCCCGGGAGCCCGAGCCCGACUACGAGGCCAUCCAGGCUCUGAGCCGAGAGGACGAGAAGGCCCCCCUGGAGCCCAGCGGCCUGCGCGGCCCCUUCCCAAAGGAGAACGACUACGAGAGCAUCGGGGACUUGCAGCAGUGCCGGGAGGUCACCAGGCUCUAGCAGCCCCUGCAGCGGUCGAUCGGGGACAGGAGACCAGGGCGCUGUCCCUCCGCGUCACGUGCUGCUUCCUGGGCCGAGGGCAUGAAGACUCCGGGACGGAACAGGAAGGCGCUCACCUGGCUGCCAGUGCAUCCUGCCUGCCAGGCACGGCCACACCCGGCACAAGGCCCCGUGUUCCCACACCCUCGACGGGUCCCAGCGUCAGGCGAUAUGCCGUUCGGGAGAACCAGGUUCCCUUCUUCCCGCUCUUGGGGCGUCUGCUCUGGUCCCCUGGAAACCGCCCCAUUUCUACUGGCUCCUUCCAAGGAAGUCGCCCACAGGGCUUGGCCUUCACCUUCAGCGUAGGUGUUUUCAGAUCUGUGGUUGCCGCGCCCGAGGGAUCACCCAGCGCCUGCCCUCGAGGGCCGUGGGUCUCCGUGCCUUCUGAUCCGGGCACUCCAUGUCAGCAGCUUCUCCCAAAGGACUUGAAGUCACUUUUAGAUGCUUUAUUUUAUUUUUCUACCCCCACUCCCGUGUUUGAAACUUCAGAACCUUUGCAGUAUUUGCGGUGAGUGCUGUGGUACUUCCAUACUUGUUGGAGCCCGGAGCACACAGCUGGACGCCGUGCCGCCGCCUGGCAGGGCUGUGGACUUGACCGUGUGUCUCUGAGGAGCUGUGCGGCCACACCAGCUGCGCCGGGCCCUCACGGUAACGGCCACCCUAAGGUCAUCUAGCUGAGAGUAAAAUGUAAACAUUUAUUUUUGUUAUCUAAAUUUAUAAGAUGUCUUAUGUUUAAUGCCUAAUUUCUAGAAAGUGUCAGAAAAAAAUGUAUAUUAACUAUUUUGAUUUUAUGUACAAUGAUUUAUACUCUCAUUUUGAAAAAAAUCACCACAAAGCACAUAAGCUAGGUACUUUCUAGUUGUCAUUAUCGUUUUUCUAAUGAAGUAUUUAAAACAUUGAAGGUUUUUAAAGACUCAGACUUUUCCAAUGGUACUUGGAGCUCUUGGA